GCAUAUUUAAACCCUCACCGCAAGCUUCUUAUUCGAAAGCCACAAAGCACUCAUUUCCUUCACAAACAUGGCAGCCAUUCAAUCCACACACAACAAAGUUUUCAUCUUCAACUACCUCCAAUCUCUUUCCCAAACCCCUCAUAGGCUUAGAAAGAGAAUGCUAGCAACAUGGACCCCGGACCAAGAGCUUAACCAAGUCAGGCUAAGGUCUGGUGCUGAUAUGAAAAGGAAACUUAAGUGGUAUGAUUUAGUAGCUCUUGGUAUUGGUGGAAUGCUUGGUGUUGGUGUUUUCGUCACCACUGGCCGCGUUGCUCGCAAUAACUCCGGCCCUGCAGUCUUCAUUUCUUAUAUCAUUGCUGGAAUAUCAGCACUUCUUUCUUCUUUGUGUUAUACUGAAUUUUCAGUCCAGAUUCCUGUUGCUGGUGGCGCUUUCAGUUACCUCAGAGUCACUUUUGGAGAAUUUGUGGGGUAUUUUGCUGGAGCAAACAUACUAAUGGAGUAUGUAUUAUCAAACGCCGCGGUGGCAAGAAGUUUUACAGAGUAUUUAUGCUCAGCUUUUGGGGUAAGUGAUCCCAAUUCCUGGAGAGUGGAAGUUCAUGGAUUGCUUGAAGGCUAUAACAAGUUGGAUUUCACUGCUGUAGCUCUUGUUCUUCUUCUCACUCUCUGUCUAUGCCAUAGUACAAAGGAAAGCUCAACCUUGAACCUUAUUAUGACAAUCUUUCAUGUUAUUUUCUUUGGAUUCAUCAUAAUCGUGGGUUUCUGCAAUGGGAGCGUGGAUAACUUGGUGAAACCAAAUGGGAUAGCUCCACAUGGUAUUAGAGGAGUGCUUGAUGGAGCAGCCAUAGUUUACUUCAGUUACAUAGGAUAUGACUCAGUUUCAACCUUGGCCGAAGAGAUCCAAAACCCUUCCGUGAGCCUUCCAGUGGGGAUUGUUGGGUCAGUUCUUAUUGUUUCAGCACUUUACUGCCUCAUGGCCUUGGCUUUAUGCAUGAUGGUUCCUUACAAUCAGAUAGCUGCAAAGGCUUCAUAUUCAAUGGCUUUCCAAAACAUUGGUUGGAAAUGGGCGGGGAAUGUUGUUGGGGCCGGAGCAAGCUUGGGGAUUGUUGCUUCUCUCUUGGUUGCCAUGUUAGGCCAAGCCAGAUACCUAUGUGUUAUAGGAAGGGCGAGGCUAGUGCCUUCUUGGCUAUCUAAUGUGCAUCCUUCAACAGGCACCCCUUUGAAUGCCACUCUCUUUUUGGGGCUUUGCACAGCAUCAAUAGCACUAUUCACAGACUUGGACAUAGUGCUUGAAAUGAUCUCGAUUGGCACACUGUUGGUGUUCUACCUCGUCGCCAACGCUACGAUCUAUCGGAAAUAUGUGAUCAAAAGCCAAAACCCACCUCUCCGAACACUGUCUUUCCUCUUCCUCCUCACAUCAAGCGCCAUAGGGUUCUCCAUAUCAUGGAAACUGAAACAGCAAUGGUGGGGUUUGCCUCUAUUUGGUGGGCUCAUGGUCACAAUGACAGCCUUCUUCCAGUACAUGGUCCCUUGCAUCCGUCAGCCUAGUGAGUGGUCGAUCCCCUUCAUGCCUUGGCCGGCAGCCAUAUCUAUUUUCCUCAAUGUCUUCCUGAUGACAACACUGAGUAUGCUGUCUUUCCAAAGGUUUAGUGUAUGGGCAUGUUUGAUAACUGUGUUCUAUUUGUUGUAUGGAGUUCACUCAACUUUUGAAGCAGAAGAGAUGGAGAAGGAGUUGGCCAUUAAUGAAGUGCCCAACUCAUCCAUCCAACUAACUAAGCUAGAUGUUUAACAAUUUAAGUUCAUAAUCGAAACAAGAAAUUCAAGCUCC